UGCAGGCUCGAUGUAAUGUUUGGUUGCUAACUUUGAAAAUUUGUGGGAAGUUUACAUUUUUGUUGGCAAUGGAUGAAACGAGGAAACCCCUGCUUAUUCCACCGGAGUUUUCAAACUACGCAGAGAAAAAUGAAGUAUUUCAAACAAUCGAGCAUCUUAUGAAGCAACUUGUUAUCCAUCAACCAGAUGAUCCUCUAGCAUUUCUAGUUAAUAUUCUAGAACAUGAUGAAAAAGUUCCAGAGAUAGUUGUUCAAGGACCUCCUGCAUCUGGAAAAAGAACAAUGUCCAAGACAAUAGCAAAGACACUUGGAUGUGUUCAUAUAAAUCUGGCAAAUUUAUUCAUGGAUCUAGACUCACCUGAUGUGAAACAGGCACAGAUGUAUUUCGAAUCUAAAAAGGAAGUACCAACAGAUUUGUGGAUAUCAAUGAUUCAUGAAAGACUUAAGAAAACUGACUGUAUUGCAAAAGGUUGGGUUCUCGAAGGAUUUCCAUCUAGCAGGUCACAGGCUUUGGCAUUGCAAGUUGCUGGGAUAAUUCCAAAACAUUUUGUUUUGCUGGAUGCUCAAGACACAGUGCUGAUAGAAAGAGCGGUUGGGAAACGAAUUGACCCGCAAACUGGAGAUAUUUAUCAUGCAACAUUUGAUCCAGCCACUGAGGUCGAAGUUGCAAUGAGAUUAGUACCAGAUACAAACUCUGCUGAAUCUAUAAUGAUUCAAAGAUUGAAUCAAUAUCACAGGAACAUCGAUGGUGUUUUAUCUUGCUACAAGAAAAUCAUCAAGAAAAUAAACGCAGAUCAACCAAAAACAGACGUGUUCUCGCAAGUUCAUUCGUACUUGUGCAGUAAUCAGUACACAGUAGCACCACACACUCCCAGGGUUCUGCUGUUGGGUGCCACUGGAAGUGGAAAAAGUGUCCAGGCCUCGCUUAUUGCUCGGAAAUACAAUCUUGUCAGUGUAAAUUGCGAUGUGCUUAUCAAACAGUCUCUGGCUGAAGAUUCCAAGCUUGGAGAAGCUAUAAGAUCUUACAAGGAUAAAGGAAUGGAAAUACCAGAUGAUCUGAUCUUACAACUGUUGCGAAACAGAUUAAGUCAACUUGAUUGUGUUACAAGGGGCUGGGUCUUACACGCCUUUCCAACGACACGAAGGCAGGCUGAGGCAUUGUCCAGUCUGGGUUUUGAACCUAACAGGGUUCUUCUUCUUGAUGUUCCUAAAGAUACUAUUCUGGAGCGUUUAACAUUGCGUAGUACAGAUCCACAGACCGGUGAAAGGUAUCAUCUUUUAUACAAUCCACCUCGUACCACCGAAGUCAAACAACGGUUACAAACGCACCCCGAAGACCAGGAGGACCGUGUAACUGAACGUUUCUUGACGUAUCAAGAACAUAUCGAAGAUAUCGCCGAUUACUAUGAACGGACCGUACAACAUAUUAAUGCAGAUCAAGAUCCUCAUACAGUAUUUGAGUAUAUCGAGAGUAUGAUUGUUAAUCCGCUACCAAGAAAAGAAUGAAAGAUGCGCAAUGAACAUUUUUAUUUCAUUUUUAUUUUAACUAUUUGAAGAUAUUUACUAUGUUGUAAUAGUUCUACUGCUGUAAUUUUGUCAUUUUAUUUUAGGACAUGUAUAGGAAAGUGGUAGUACGUAUAUUCAAAUUUAUUCUAAUACAAAAUUUCUCAAAGGACUUCAUGUACUUUGUAAAUAUAAA